GGGCCCGGCCGUUCCCGAUACACGUGUAAUAAAGUCCCGAGUGUGCCUGCCUGACCAACACCCCCAUGUCUGUGCUUCUACCUGAACGGAGAUUGUAGCCAGGUGGGGCUCGGCCUCUUCUCCCAGGCAACUAGCGACAGAACGAGGGGACAUAGUCUUAAGCUGCGCCAGAUGAGGUUUUGGUCGGACAUUAGGAAGAAUUUCUUCACAGAAUGGGUGAUUAGACAUUGGAAUGCGCUGCCCAGGGAGGUGGUGGAGUCACCGUCCCUUGAGGUGUUUAAGGAAGACUGGGCAUGGUAUCUAGUGCCAUGGCACGGUUGACGGGGUGGUCAGUCACAGGUUGAACGCCAUGAUCUCAGAGGUCUUUUCCAAUGUAAUUGAUUCUCUGAUUCUGACGAAAACUCGCUCGUAACCGUGCGGGCAGCAGUCCGGCCGCUCUCCCCCUGCGCUGACCUGCCAGGUGCCGCGGUUGUCACCGCUCUAGCCCUUGGCCGAGACAGGGGAAAGGCACUGCCCCCCGCAAGACUCCGAGCCGCUGCAGCCCCGCCUGUGCCGGGCCGCGGUCGGUACCGUGGGGAGGCGGGAGCUGCGCCCGGCCGCUGCCCGGGCAACGGGACCCGGCGGCUGCUCCUCCCUCGGCCAACGCAGGCGGGCGGGAGGCGCCUCCGCUCUGCGCCUGCUCGCGUCGCCGCCCGCCCCGGCACCGGCACCGCAGCAUCCCGGACGUGCCUCUGCCGCUCUCGGCCCCGGGGCUGCUUCGCCGGGGGCUCGCCCUGUGCAGGGCCCUACCGGGACCCCAUCGGCGCGGCCUCUGCGAGAGACACCGCUCGCCGACAGCCAUGGACGGGGACAGGGUGGACAUAGACGGCGGGAUCAUGGAGGGGGGCGGGCAGAUCCUGCGGGUGUCCACGGCGCUGAGCUGCCUGCUGGGGCUGCCGCUGCGGGUGCGCCGGAUCCGCGCCGGGCGGAACCAGCCCGGCCUCAGGCCUCAGCAUCUGUCUGGAUUGGAGGUUGUUCGAGAUCUGUGUGAUGGGAAGCUGAAUGGUGGAGAAAUUGGCUCAACAGAAAUAACCUUCACUCCUGGGAAGAUCAAAGGUGGAACCCACAUAGCAGAUACAAAAACAGCAGGGAGCGUGUGUCUACUGAUGCAGGUAGCAAUGCCCUGUGUGCUGUUUGCUGCUUCCCCAUCAGAGCUUCAUUUAAAAGGUGGGACUAAUGCUGAGAUGGCUCCUCAGAUAGACUACACAGUCAUGGUUUUUAAGCCAAUAAUUGAAAAGUUCAACUUCACAUUUAACUGUGACAUAAAAAAGAGGGGCUACUAUCCUCAGGGAGGUGGUGAAGUUGUGGUCCGGAUGUCUCCAGUCAAAGAGUUGAGCCCGAUCAACUUAACAGAACGUGGCACAGUGACAAAGAUAUAUGGAAGAGCAUUUGUUGCUGGAGCACUGCCUAUCAAACUGGCAAAAGACAUGUCAUCAGCAGCAGUGAGAUGCAUCAGAAGAGAAAUCAGAGAUCUUUAUAUUAACAUUCAGCCUGUUCGAGAACCUGAUGAUCAAGCUGUUGGGACUGGAAGUGGAAUAAUCAUUGUUGCAGAGACUUCAACAGGUUGUUUGUUAGCUGGGUCAUCGCUUGGCAAGAGAGGAAAGAAUUCUGACAAGGUUGGCAUUGAAGCAGCUGAGAUGCUGCUUAAGAAUCUUAAACAUGGUGGAACUGUGGAUGAUUCUCUGCAAGACCAGCUGAUCAUUUUUAUGGCUCUAGCAAAGGGAGUGUCUAGAGUGAAAAGUGGACCAAUUACACUUCAUACUCAAACAGCUAUACACUUUGCAGAGCAGCUAACAAAGGCCAAAUUUACUGUGACAAAAGCAGAAGACGAAGAUCCCAGUAAUGAUACCUACAUCAUUGAGUGCCAAGGAGUGGGGAUGAUAAACCCAAACUUAUAGGGUUAAACAAAAAAGGCAGCAAGCUGACAAAGGAAACACUCAACAUACCUCAGUGAUGUAUCUGCAUCACUACAUCUCAAAGGAUGUAUAAUCUGUGUGAACAGGAGAAACCUUCUGUCACAUCAGGGUGAUUUAACUUCAAGGAUGGUGUCAAGCUUUUCCUUGGUGUGGUGAGAAUCUGUCAUGUGAAACAUAAAAACUUUACCUUUUUUUUUUUUUACUAUUAGCAGCAAAAUGAGUAACAAUAGGACAGGAAAUAGAAUAUAUUGUAUGUAUGUGAGAGCUUCACUCAUAAGCUUUGAAAACCCAGCUUCACCAAAGUAGAAAAUAACUAUUUUAGUUUUGAAAAACUACUAUCAGUAUUUCUUUCCCUUUUGAAAAAUAUAAGUUUUAUUUUCGGGAAACCUUUAUGUUAUGAGGUAUAUGGAAUGAAGUGCACCAUCAAAUCUGUAUCGCUGUUCUUCCUUAGACAUUUUGUUUAAAUUGUGUGUGAGGAAUAUUAAAGCAAUAUCACCCUAUAAAA